GAAUGGAAAGAACGGUAUGGACACAAUAGAGAAGAUUCUACUAGGAACAGAAACGUUCAUACUGACCCAAAAGAGUCAAACUUCUCAGAUAUUAAUACCAACCGGUCAGCAACCAAAUAUACCAGAGCUAAUAAUAGGACUGAAAGGGACCGAAUAGAACUUCUCCAAGAUGCAGAACCUUUGGACUUUAAUGCAGAAACGUUCACUGAUGAUCCUCUUGAAUCUGCCUCAGGAAGGUAUCAGCCUGGUGGACAAUAUCUCUCAAUGUCUCGCAGCAGAAUGUUUGAUGAUGUCUAAAGUCUGAAAAAAUGUGCGGAACAACUAACCAAGGUCAACACAUCAGUUCAGUCAUAUGAACAUCUUUGCGCCCUAAUAUUUCCUUUGUACCCUCAUCAGCGAAAAUUGUUAGGGUAACAGAAAAGGCACUGAGAAUUACUUACAUCUUAGUAAUACCAGGGUACUUCAAAAAGCUCGUGGAAAAAUAGAAUUAAAAAAUAAUAUGAGUCUUUCCAUGAAUUUUUGGAAGUACCUUUGUAAUAAUUUAUUGUUCAUUGGAUAGAGUAUCAUAUUAUCUAAUAGGAUUUAUUACAUAUCAUUCCCUGAGCGUCUGCCUUAGGAGUACAGUUACAGUGGAAGGAUUUAAUUCAUGAUAAAAGAUCAGCGUAUGUUGAGAACAUGUAGUUCAGUUUGUUUCAAAUUAGUUUUUUUAGGAGACCUAAAGGACCCAAGGACCUUUAAACAAUAAUUUACAUCAUACUAAAUAAUAUACAGUUUUACUAUUGUGAUUUAUGUUUUUGCCAUUUCUAAAAAAUAUGUUCCACAUGUAUUUCCCAAAGAAAUGUGAGUGAAUAGAGAUCUCAAAUCAUAACCAUAUUCACAAAACUCAUGUCUUAAAACAAGGCUUACUUACCAGACUUAACUGAAUGUAAAAAGCUGUUUUUUCAAAUCUGUGUGCAAAUCAGUGGAGUUUUUUGCAUGUAUAACUAAGAUUAUACUUCAACUAAUAGUAUCAGUGUCUUUAGCAUGUAUACUGUAAUCAGGUGAUGUAUUAUUAUUUCCAUCUUUGUAAUAACUGUAUUUUUUCUCCUUUUAGUAUUUUUUUUUUUAAAAGAUUUUCAUUUCGGAGAGAAAUGCUCACCUUUAUCAUUUAGCAUAUUGAUUUAAGUAUUGAUCAUUCCAUUCCAAAUUCUCUAAUAUAUAAAGGUACCUGUCUAUGUUUUUUGGAAAAAAAAUCUGGUUGUUCAAAGGUAAAAAGUGAGUCCAUUUAUUGUUAUUACUAACACUUAAACUGUAGUUUAUAGAAAAACAACAAACAAUAUUAGAAUGGAAAUGUGUGAUAAUAACUUGUUGGUUAAACAGAGUUAUUAUUUUAAAUUGAUUGUUUUAACCUUUGUGUUUAAGCCAAAUUUAGGUAUUAUAUUUAAAGCACCAGAGUUUGAUUGCAGAGUGAACAUGGUUGAGUGCAACAUGAUUGCAGAGAGUUUUUUAUGUCCCUGAAAUAUUUGCAACUCUUAUAGAAUCUAUGCUACCUUACGUAACCAUACUUGAACUUGCCCAGGACAGUCUCAGUUUAACCCCUAUUAUCAUGUGUAAUCAUUACUAGUGCUCACUUUCACUCUCAGAUAUCCUAGUUUGAAGAUGAAUUAUAUGGUCACCCUAACUAUAUGAUUAUAUGUUUCUUUUGUUAAUCUUUCCCUGAGUCAUAAAUUUAAAAAUUUAAUUUUCCUCUUUAAUUAGUGUUAGCAUGUAAAUUUCUUAAAGACAGUUCUAUGCAGGUACUGAAAGGAAUAGUGCAUCAUCCUAAUUAUCUGAUUUUUUUUUUAUCUUUGAGUUUUUAUGAUCUUUGAGAUUAGAUCCCAUUUAAAAUAAUUAUCAAUGGAUAGAUUUACUCUCAGUUGAAGAACAUAUAGUGCUCAUUUGAGUAUACACACACACAGCCUUUUUAUUGUGAAGUGUGGUCAGAGAGCAAUAGGCCAGCAGCAGAAAUAAUUUAAUACUGUUUGUAAUUUCAUUAUAGAUUAGUUGAAUACCUUGAGCAAAUCAUGAACCUUUCAGUGCCUCAAUUUCUUCAUUUGCAGAAUGAAGAUGAUAUUUGUUAUUUACCUACCAACCUACCUCACAAAGCUAUUGUGAGGGAGUUGAAUUGAUGUGUAUGCACUGGAGUUUAAAAGACAGAACAAGUUAUUAGCUGUGCUAUUUUUCCUAGUGGUACUUAAAGGCAUCGGAUGGGGAAAAUGAACAUUUCUAGAAAGGGGUCUGGUUUCUUAUUGCAGAAAAGCUUACAAGUCCCCAAAGCAAAUACUCUUUGGACUAAUUCAUCAAAAGUCCUGUGAAAAUAGGGUUGUUUUAUUUAGUCUUUGACUUUACUUUGGAAUGCUUUUUUCAUGUAUAGUGUUGUUUCUCAUCAGAUUUUGUCAUGAAACUCAGAUGCUGUUGUAGAUGUUGAAGCAGAAAAGAAGAAAUGAUCCAUUUACUUUUAUAACUAGUUUUUCAAAUGCCUUAUAUAUAUAAAUUGAUAGGCAUGUGUAAGAGAACAUUAUUUCCUUUAUUAUUAAUUUUUUUGUGUAUAUGUUUAUAUGCAUAUAUACACACUUCAAUGUGUGUGUAAGUAUAUACACUUCAGUUAUUAUAUACACACAAUUAUUACACAUACACUUCACAAACAGUAUAGAUCCCUUUAUGACUUCUGGGUUAUUUCCAAAAUAAAUUUUGGUUGUUUCAGUGAUCAAGAGUCUUCAACUUUUUAAGCAGAAUAUGUCUUACAGGAUUUUAUAUACAAUCAUAUAGAAAGGUUACCAUGCUGGGUAAACUCAAGUUCAUGAGACAGUGAUUUAAUCCCUGAAGACUGAGAGUUUAUUGCUGAGGAACUAAGUUUUUUUACAUAAAGCCACUAUAUGUAAAAAACUGUAAAAUGUACAAAAAG